AUGUCUUACACCAGUGGAUUCAAGAAAAACGAGCUGGCAAUCUCCUCGGAUAUCGACAGUGAUUCGGGUAUCAACAUCCUGGCGCCUGAUGGAGGCCACCCGCCCAUUCGCCGGUCGUCUUCGUUGUUCUCGUUGCUGUCGAACCAGGAACCACUUCCAAGGCCCGAGCCCGAGGAAUACAAAAACUUUUUGCACGACACGAGGCACUUCUCCUUGGUCCGUAACUUGCACAUGGCCGACUUCAUCACGUUGCUUAAUGGUUUUUCCGGUUUUUACUCCAUCAUCUCCUGCUUGAGAUACGCCUUGACUGGCAAGUCCCAUUACGUCCAGAGAGCCCACUUCUUUAUCUGCUUGGGCUUGUUCUUUGACUUUUUUGAUGGUCGUGUGGCCCGAUUGAGAAAUAAAUCGUCGCUUAUGGGCCAGGAGCUCGACUCCUUGGCGGACUUGAUUUCCUUCUCUGUCUCGCCUGCCAUCAUCGCGUUUGCCAUUGGCUUCCGCUCAACGGUGGACGUGCUUUUCUUGUCCUUCUGGGUUCUCUGCGGUUUGACAAGAUUGGCCCGUUUCAACGUCUCCACCAACAACAUCCCCAAGGACUCCACUGGUAAGAGCCAGUAUUUCGAGGGCUUGCCUGUGCCUUCCAACUUGGUGUGGGUGGUGUUGAUGGCAUUACUCGUGUACACCGACAGAAUCUUGGAAAACCUCCCAUUGGGCUUGGCGUUUGAAGGCACUUUCGCUGAGUUUCACAUCAUAUCGAUUGGGUUCAUUAUCCAGGGCUGCGGCGAGAUCUCUAAGAGUCUCCAUAUUCCCAAGCCAUAA